AUCACCUAGCUAUCGAUUACAUGCAGUCGAUGCAAUGGUGAAGUUUCAUAGUUGACACGAUUGGAGUAACCUGUCGACCCUCUAAGUAUCAUCACUUUCCAACUGACUUUGUGCGGCAAAGUUGAGAGAAAUACAUAGGAUUAUUCACUAUUUCUGAAAGACUUCAAAUUCAAGAUUUCCUAGAACCCAGCCACCAUGGAUUUCCAAAAUAGGCCAGGUGGUAAAACUGGGGGCGGAGGAGUGGCGUCCUGGUCCGAAAGUAAUCGUGAUCGAAGAGAGCGCCUUCGACAACUUGCCUUGGAAACAAUUGAUUUAAACAAGGAUCCCUACUUUAUGAAAAAUCACUUGGGCUCAUACGAAUGUAAGCUUUGCUUGACGCUGCACAACAAUGAAGGAAGUUACUUAGCUCAUACACAAGGUAAAAAGCAUCAGGCAAAUCUAGCCAGAAGAGCUGCAAAGGAAGCUAAAGAAGCUCCACAAACUCUCGCUCCUGAAAAACCGAGAGUUGAACCAAAAAAAUUUGUCAAGAUCGGUCGGCCUGGUUACAGGGUGACAAAACAGAGAGAUCCAGAGUCUGGUCAGCAAAGCUUACUUUUUCAAGUCGACUAUCCAGAAGUUGCCGACAAUGUUAUUCCACGACAUAGAUUUAUGUCUGCAUAUGAACAACGAGUUGAACCCCCAGAUCGUAAAUGGCAAUACCUACUAUUUGCUGCCGAACCAUAUGAGACCAUUGCUUUCAAGGUUCCCAGCAGAGAAGUAGAGAAGGCAGAGGGCAAAUUUUGGACACAUUGGAACAAGGACACAAAGCAAUUCUUUCUUCAAUUUGCAUUCAAAAAUGAAAAACCAUCAAUAGGUAAAAUUCCACCUCCUCCCGUCCCACUCAUACGACCAGGGAUGGGAGCACCUAUGAUGCCUGUUCCACCGCCACCAAAACCACCGAUGUUCAAUCCGGUACCCCCACCACCUGCAUUAUUGGCUGGAAUGCAAAUUCCACCCCCGCCACCUCAUCUGAAUUAAAUAAAUUUAGUAGCUGUAGAUAAAGCUGAAUACUUUUAUCUAUUCAAUAGUCAUUUAUCUACUAAGUGUAAGUUACACGGUCACAGAAUAGGGCAGAGACCGGUUCUGAAGUUACAUCAAAAAUUCGAGAUUGGAAAUGGCAGUGGUAUAGUCUACAGAGUUUCUAUGUGUUCUACACAUUUUUCAUGAAUAUUUUCUGUCAUUUUCCUAUAAAAUGAUGCUGCAGAUGCAAUGUUAAUAUCAUGGAGGAAAAAUGUUACAAACCAAUCUUGAUUUUUUUUAACCAAAAUCAAAAUGUGAGACUGUUGCAAGCUUUUCAAAGAAUUUCAAUUUAAAGUAUAUAUCGUUUGAAGGUGUACUCCAAUUGUAAACGUCUCACUAUUGCAAAUGGUGUAGAUUCAAUUGUGCUUCAGCAGGUCAUUAUCAUACAAAAUAUUCAUGAAAUUCAUGCAUUUGAAUGUAUAAAAACUUUAUAUUACAACAAUGGUACAAUGACAUGCAGGUUUCAAUUACCUAUCAAGUAGCAUACGUGGUGGAUUGUGUACAUCCGGAGCAAUUGAUUCUGUCACUGAUAAAUCAAAUUCUUCAUCUAACUGCAUGGUGACAGAAUCAACUUCAUUGAAAGUACAUAGGGCAAAUUGAGUUCACACUGGUGCCAUACAUUAUCAAAAUUUGCUAUCACAUCCGGCAACACUAGUGUAAUCCUGAUUUCAAGCAUAGACUGUCUACCAUAUUUUAUUAUAGGUACAUCUCAUGAUAUCCGUAUUAUAAUAUAAUAUAAAAGCUUGAAUAUUUAAGUAUCGUUAUAACAUGACCGAUUAUUACAGCUUAUUUGUUAGUACAAUUUUCUCCUUAUAGAUUUUCCACGCGCACUAGGUAUCAUUGUUAUUACAUACUAGUAUCAUAUAUUCUUAAUCACAGCUUAAAUUAUCAAAUCACCAAUGGAGUCACAUAAUUUAUGAAGAAGAGAAUCUGUUGAUUAUGAAUGAAACCAUUGCAUGUGCUAUUUUUUCACGACACUCUGCCUUUGUGUAAUUGUAAAUCUUGCAACAAAUGGUAUGGAAUGUGCAGAAUUAUUUUACGUUUGUAACUGAUGUCACAUUUACAUGAAAUAUGAUGCACAUAUAUAUGUCUGCAUACUCCCUGUAAUUGAUCUUAAGGAUUUUGAAUAAACUGACAAGUGUUUUCAUAUUUUCAUUAGUCCCAUAACAACCUAAUACAGCGUUUUAUGAUGGUCCAUCGGUGGGGAAUAUUUCCAGCAUGUUACACUAGUACAAUCACCAAUUGGAAUGGAGCGUCAGUGCAUCAAGUCUGAUAUCUGAAGUGUACUAACAAUAAAUUUCAUGAUCUGCACAAAUUAAUGAGACGUGACUACAUGGAAUUAGAUAUACCUAUAAUGAUUGAGAACUUUCAAAAAUCGAACUCGAAUGAAGACUUAUACACUAUUUGGAAUUUUUAACACUACCAGUACAUUAUAUAAAAAUAACAAUCGACAUAAUAAAAAAAUAUUUUAUGUGCAAAAUAAAUGCUUGUCUCUUGA